CGCAGCCGCUCCUUCCGCCUGAAGCUGCCGGCCCUGCUGGCUCUAUCGGGCAGCAAGCAGUCGCUGCCUCCGGAGCCGCCCGACGCCGUCAUCGUGGACGUCUCCGAGCGCGGCGCCGAGCCGAGCAGCUCCUCUCUGGACAACGGCUGCCUGGGCUGCGCGCGGCCCGAGGACCAGCGGGCUCUGAUGGAGCCCGAGGACGGCGACGCUCCCCCCGAGCCCCCCGUCACCCACUCCUCGCCCCUCGCCGAGCGCCUCCGCCCCGCGCCCUUCUCCGACGGCAGCCUGGCGCGCAGCCGCUCGAGGGAGAGCUGUCACAGCGUGCGCCGCGCCUCCUCCGUGGAUGACAUCGAGGCCAUGAGGGGAGACGGGGAGAAGCGCUGCCACAGCCGGCACGCCAGCGCCGGGACCGGAAUGCACCGCGGAGCCAGCACCGGGGCCAUGAACAACAUCCGCAGCACUCUGCUCAACUCCACGUCCGACUCCGACCUGGUGAGGUACCGAGCCAUCAGCAGGAUCCCGCAGAUCACCCUCAACUUCGUGGACUUCAAAGCUGAUGCCUUCCUGGGGGCUCCAUCCGGAGAGAAGGAGAUCAUCGCCCCCACCAAACUGAAGGACCGCACGCACAACGUCACCGAAAAGGUCACCCAG